AUGCAAGCACAACCUGACGGAAACUAUAAAUUUAUUUUAGUGUAUCAGGACCAUUUAACAAAAUUUGUUUCGCUUCGCCCAUUAACGCAUAAACGUGCCGAAGAAGUAGCUUAUGUACUUCUUGAUAUUUUUACAACAUUUGGCGCACCAGCGAUUCUACAAAGUGACAAUGGCCGAGAAUUCGUAAAUAAAAUAAUAAACGAAUUAUGUAAUAUGUGGGAAGAUUUAAAAAUUGUACACGGAAAACCGAGACAUUCGCAAAGUCAAGGGUCCGUCGAAAGGCCCAAUCAAGAUGUGGAAAACAUACUUGCCACUUGGUUACAAGACAAUAAAACAAAAAAAAUGGAGUGA